GAUUCCUGCUAUGAACAUUUCCCACUGGCUGGCCAUCACAUCUCACUUUAUCCCCACAUCAGAGCUGGGAUGUCCAGCAACAUUCAUCUAGAAGACAUUUCCCACACUCAAAGCACUAAUACACCCCGUGUGAGAUCUCUGAUGUCUGGAAAGAUGGGACUUUUCCUGAAAAACAUUUCCCACACUCAGGACAGGAAUACGGCUUCUCCCCCGUGUGAGAUCUCUGAUGUGUGUAAAGAUUGGACUUCUGUGAAAAACAUUUCCCACACUCAGGACAGGAAUGUGGCUUCUCCCCUGUGUGAGAUCUCUGAUGUGUAUGAAAGAUUGGACUUCACUGAAAAAAAUUUCCCACACUCAGGACAGGAAUGUGGCUUCUCCCCUGUGUGAGAUCUCUGAUGUUUGUGAAAGACUGGACUUCUCUGAAAAACAUUUCCCACACUCAGGACAGGAAUAUGGCUUCUCCCCCCGUGUGAGAUCUCUGAUGUGUGUGAAGAUU